AACAUGAGGAUGGAAGCCAAGAUCGAAUAAUACUUACUGCCUUUUGUUACUUUUACCUUGUAAAGAUUUAGGUUUGAAAAUUUGUAAAUCAUAAAGAAAGCAUGUCAUUUAGUUUAAACACAGAGCAUCCUUUUGUUUUAUUAAUUCUCUGGUAAAAACUCAGGUAAACGCCAUCUUUAACAGCUCAUCAAGGAAAUAACCAGCAGUGUGCAAGUCUCAUCUGUCUGUUCACCUUCACUUUACAAACUUUAUAUAAACAUAUUGUAGAUUGAGGCCCAUGUGGCCACUUUAACAAAUGACAGAGAUGAAACCUGAAAGAGUGAGAUCUCCCACCUCAACAUUUAAAUCAUUGCUUGAGGCCUGACUAAUAUCAGGUGGAUCAUUGUUGCCUGAGGGCCCUGCUGUUUGGGCUGAAGCACCACCCACUGGAGAGACAACACCUUAGAGAGGCAAACUAAKCGCACAACCAACAACAUCACACUCAUCAUCACACACAUCCACAGCUCGUAGCUAUUAAAACGAGCGCUCGGACCAGAUACUGACUUUGGCUGUGAACUGGGGCCACUUCUCUACAGGCUUCAUUCUUAGAAGACGACACUUGCUUCAAUUAGACAAGAAAACCUGCAGCAGAGUAAAGAUGGACAUCGACCAGGAACGCAAGCCAAAAAGGCCUCACUACAUUCCUCGUCCACCUGGAAAGCCUUUCAAGUACCAAUGUUUCCAGUGUCCUUUCACCUGCAACGAAAAGUCUCAUCUGUUCAAUCACAUGAAAUACAACUUGUGUAAAAACUCCAUCUCCCUCAUGUCACAGAAAAACGUGCAAACACCCCGACAGAUCAAAGCCGUGGCAAAAGGCGUCUCUGUCAAAUCUAAGGACUGUACAAAUGUCCUUCCUGUCCAGAACAAAAGUCCUGACAAACCUGACGAGGAAGAGAACAAAGACGAGAGCAGCAAUGACGAUGCAGAAGAAGUAGACGUUGGGUGCGACAGUCCGGUCAGUAAGGAAAGUCAGAGUUUGGCAAAACCAAGUAUAACCGGCGAGAGAGAAAUCAGGGAGAGCAAUGAGAUUAAGGACCUGCCACGCCCGUCUGCUUUCUCCCCUGUCACACCCAACCGUGACGGUGCAGAAGCCUUGAAAUCUCCUGUGCAGCAGACAGAGGAUUCWCAAGCUCAUACUAUCAACCAUUCAAGCAACCUGUGGGGCAGAAUUCCCUCAUCUGUUCCCUUAAAAUCUUUCAACCCCCUCAUGGUUUCUGACUACUCUCCUUACCUUUUGCCUGACCGACACCUGUAUUCACCAUAUUACCUCCCAGGACACAUUCAUCCAAAUGAGCCAAACUCUUUCCAGCCAGACUUCAUAGAACCCCAAAGACCUAUGGUACAACAGCCCAUUGUUCCGCCUCAUGCUACCCCUAUCCCACCUUACCCUUACAGAUACUUUCAUCCUCUUCACCCAGUACCCCCRGUGCAUUACGCCUUUUACAGACCCCAUGAGAUUCCUAUACCAAUCCCAGGACACAGAUAUCUUCCUUUGGAUGUCUGCACUCCAGGCCUUGGCCAUAAGGAUUAUGAUUUAUACAUGUAUUCACGUCCUAGUCACAACAAUCCACARAGUUCCACCCAAGAGGAGAAUCACCGUGAUCAAAAUGGGGACAAAGCAACUAGGCUGAGCCCUAAAGAGGGCUGUUCAGCUUCGGGGUCCCCGGACAGACCCAGUCAGGCAGACAUCAUUCAGAGAGAAGCAGGAGCUUCACAGUACUCUGACAUGGGCGAGACAGGGACCUCACUCCAGCCUGGGCAAACAUCUAAAGCUAUGGAACUCAUCAAAAAAGAUUUAAGUCAAGAGGAGUCUUCAGAAACAUUGCCACAGCUAAGAAGCCUAAAUGCAGGAUCAGCUGAAAGCAGCCACUAUUCAUCUGCUCCUGAGCCAUCUCCCAAAACAGCGUCUGAAGAACGCCACAAGGAUGACACGGAAAAUCUGGCUCCGCUCAACCUCUCCACAAGAAACCAGGACCCCGAAGAGCACAACCCAAUAGGCUCAGACAAAAAGAAAAUAAACGGCAAUGAGUUACCGCUAAAUCUCAGCCUCCGAGCUUCUCAAAGCAGUUUCGUACAUGGCUCUGCCCCAACCACUCAAGAAGAUCUUCUACAGAGACCUGAGAAAGAUCUGGAUGAAGAACCAUGUGAUCAGAGGCAGACUGCAGCUCUGGCACUUUGCCAACUUGCCACUGCAAGCUCUGUAGCCUCUAUAAGUAAUURCAAUGCUGUAAAUCAGUCCACUCAAGAGCUGCUGGAAUCUACAAGUAUUGCUUCCCUGAAGACUGCCAUGCCAACAACACGGGCUACAACAACAGCCACAAAAAGAACACACAAUGGCCAGACUGAGAGCAAAUGCCAUAAACCAAUCAAGAAAGCAAAAACAUCUYGGCGGGCUCUGAGGAGGAGGCCUCGCUUCUAAAACGAAACACUGACUGUUGCAGAAAUGUUGUGAUUAGGACUGAAAAUCUGACUUUUACGACUGCAAGCCUCGACAUCAAAAGAAUCUGUUGAUUUAGCACUGAGUGGUGGUGAUCCACGUGUAGAUAUGACAUGCCAACAAGUGCUGCUGCAAGGUUGUAUGUUACAAAGAGAGGAAAGGAAAACUUGUUCGAUAGGCAGACUUGUUGUUACAGGUGUGUAAGACCUGUAUAAACCUUGUUCUCACAUUUGAUUUGAAGGGCUAAAAAGGGACUCAUGAAUAAGAAAGUUUGCAUUGUAUAUAAACCUGCUUUAAGAUGUGGAAAUGAACUUGUUCUGGAAAUGUAAAUAGCUGUAAAAACGACUAAAUAAAUAAAUAAAUGACAAACCAGG